AUGGCAACUGCCCCAUUAGCAGGGCUUCUGGGGAAGGGUGAGGGAGCGAGCAGCUGGUCGCUGGGCUCCCAAUUGUCAAGUGGAAAUGUCGUCAAAACCGUUUCUGUGCUCCUCGUCAUCAGUCUGCUGUUGGUCCUGGUGGUCUUCCUGGUCCACAGGAGGAGACAGAAAAAGCCCACACGGAGGAGUGAACAAGUGGUCCGACCUUUGAUAAGGAAGAGCUCAGUGGUGAAAUCGGAGAUCAAUGUGUCCAACCUGCUGAAGUUCCUCACGAAGAUGCGGCUGCUGGAUGAAGACAGCAGUGGUGAGGAUCAGGACGCUGAUGAGCUAGCAAAGGAGUUCAGAAAUUUGUCUAAUUACCCGCUACAUGCCUGCACUAUUGCCAAAGAACCGCAGAACUCAAGCAAGAACCGAUACGUCACUAUUUUACCAUAUGACAACUCGCGUGUGGUGCUGAAGGACAGCAGUAAUGGAUAUAUCAAUGCCAGCUAUAUUGACGGCUUCAGAAGGCAAAACUAUUACAUCGCAGCACAAGGGCCAAUGGGGGAAACUAUUGCUGACUUCUGGCACAUGGUGUGGCAGGAAGGCUCCAGCAGUAUCGUCAUGUUAACCAGAGUCAGUGAGCAGGGAAAGUGUAAGUGCGAGCGAUACUGGCCGAAGGAAGGAAGCCAAACCUUUGGGGAGUUCACUAUCACCAAGAUCAGCGCGACGAGUCCCAGGAGCAAGGAGUUUACCAACCGCACCCUGGAGCUGCACAAGGCUGGAACUGCACCCGGGUCCUCCCGGAAAAUACAGCAAUUCCAAUACCUGCAGUGGCCUGAUCAUGGCAUUCCCAGGAAUCCCAUCGGUAUCUAUCGGCUGCUGAAGGCUGUCAAUCAAAUUGACCCUCACACAGGGCCCCUGGUCGUCCAUUGUAGUGCUGGUGUGGGUCGUACAGGGACCUUCAUCGCCAUCGACUACCUGCUGAAGAUGGCAGAGGAGGAGAGCAAAGUGGAUGUUUUCCAGUGUGUGGACCGGAUGCGGGGCAAGCGGCCAGGCAUGGUGCAGACCUUGGAGCAGUACCGAUUUAUCUACUUUGUGCUUCUGGAAGCACAGAUGUUUGGGGAUACGGCAAUUCCAGUGACACAGUUCCAAGAAUGCCUGAGCACUCUGAUUGAGAAGUCCGGGCGUCCUGGUGGCAGCUGCAAGAGGGAGUUUGAGACGCUGCAGACCUACUCUCAGCUCUUCGGCUCACAUCGACACACCGAGGCCCUGCAGCUGUAUAACGUCACCAAGAACAGGAGCUCCCAAAUCCUGCCAGCGGAGCACGUUCGGCCCAGCCUGCUCUCUGUGAAGAACCCGAACGGCAGUGCAGGUUACAUCAACGCGGUCCUGACAGAGCGCCACGGACUGCGAGACCGGUUCAUCCUGACUCAGCUGCCACUGUCCCACACCCUGGCUGACUUCUGGGCACUUGUCUUCGACCAAAACUGUACCUCCAUCGUGAACAUGAACUGCCUGAAAGAACUCGACAAGACCUACGUGCUAUUCUGGCCUGAGGAAGGGACUGCAGACUAUGGCCCAUUCCAGGUGGAGCUGCAGUCAGUCACCGUCUGCACAGACGUAACUGAGAGACUCCUCAUCCUCCGCAAGUUCGGCCAGAAGUCUGAGCGUGAAGUCAAAGUUCUACAGCUCAACAGCUGGCCAAUGGGAGAGCCUGUCCCACAAUCCCCACAACCAAUCCUCAACAUUGACCAGCAAGUACAGACGUGGCAGAAACGAGGGCAGCAGUCGCCUGUGAUUGUCACCUGCUGGGAUGGAGCCAGCCGCUGUGGUCUUUACUGCACCAUCAGCAACAUGUGUCAUCAAAUCCGGCAGUACCAGCUGGUCGACGUCUCCCACUGCGUGAAGACCACUCGCAGCAGCCGGCCCCAGGCCAUCGUCACUCUGGAACAGUACAGCUUCUGUUACCGGAUGGCACAGGUUUACCUGCAGAUGGGUGGGCACACUGCCGGUGCAGACAAUGGAGCGGCUGGGGUUCCCACCAUCACAGACCAGGACAGCGAGGAUCUGCUCUGAGCCGUGCACUCCCCCAAGCUUCCCCUUGACAGAGAGACCAGUGAUGGUCAGUGUGAAGGUGCACCCCAUCACUCCCCACCCCAUCACUCCCCACCCCAUCACUCCCCAGCCAUCACUCAGUACACCCCUCCCCGUCACACUCCACCUCGUCACUCCACACCCCGUCACUCCCCACCUCGUCACUCCCCACCCCGUCAC